UUGUUUUUAAAUAGUUUUUAAUAGUAUUGCUAACGUAUAUAUACAAUGCCUGAGAAUACCCCAUCUGGCGAUAACAACUCCAACCAGCCAAAGACUGAAUCAACUUCAGUUCCACCUGCACCAAGCAACAAUGCACCCUCAGACGAAAACAGUGCUGUAAAAGCCUCUACAGCUCCCAAACCAGCAUCAACAAGUUCAUCGAAGUCUGUACAACCCAAGCCAAACUAUACACUCAAAUUCACACUUGCUGGUCAUACAAAAGCAGUAUCUUCUGUUAAAUUCAGUCCAGAUGGACAAUGGCUUGCAAGCUCAUCUGCAGACAAAUUGAUCAAAAUAUGGGGAGCAUAUGAUGGUAAAUUUGAAAAGACAAUUUCUGGACAUAAAUUGGGAAUAUCAGACGUUGCGUGGUCGUCAGAUUCUCAUUUACUUUGUUCAGCAUCGGAUGAUAAAUCAUUAAAGAUUUGGGACGCUGCCACAGGAAAAUGUUCUAAAACUCUCAAAGGACACAGCAAUUACGUAUUUUGCUGUAAUUUUAACCCUCAGUCAAAUUUAAUCGUAUCAGGAUCGUUUGAUGAAAGUGUGAGAAUAUGGGACGUAAAAACAGGAAAAUGUUUGAAAACAUUACCAGCACAUUCUGAUCCUGUAUCAGCAGUUCAUUUUAAUCGUGAUGGUGCUUUGAUUGUGUCCAGUAGUUAUGAUGGACUUUGCAGAAUAUGGGACACUGCAUCUGGCCAAUGCUUAAAAACUUUGAUAGAUGAUGACAACCCACCAGUCUCCUUUGUUAAAUUCUCACCAAAUGGAAAAUACAUUCUUGCUGCAACUUUGGAUAACACAUUAAAAUUAUGGGACUACACUAAAGGAAAGUGCCUAAAAACAUACACUGGUCACAAGAAUGAGAAAUAUUGUAUAUUUGCAAACUUCUCGGUAACUGGUGGAAAAUGGAUUGUCAGUGGAUCAGAGGAUAAUUUGAUAUAUAUAUGGAACUUACAGACCAAGGAAAUAGUACAGAAGUUACAGGGUCAUACAGAUGUUGUGCUGUGUACGGCUUGUCAUCCGACUGAAAAUAUAAUUGCCUCAGCAGCUUUGGAAGGAGAUAAAACAAUCAAAUUAUGGAAAAGUGACUUCUGAAGAACCUCAAAACUUAUUUCAUGAUGAAUUUGCAUUGGUUAAAGCUUAUCGACAUGAUGAUGGCUUGACCUGCUUUACAGUUUACAGCUGCAUCGACGAGAAUGAACUGCCUUUUAUUGCAGCCUUUUUAUUUUAGCGCCAGUAAUAUUGACUUUUUUAUAAUGUACAAUAGUUUCUUUUUUUGAUACAAGGAGGGUUUUUUUCUGAGAAAAUUCACCAAGUGGUGGCAAUGAAAA